AUGCCACCAGGCAUGGAUGUCCGGUCUUCUUUCUUCUUCUUGCUGCUGCUCCCAGGGCUUUCAGUUCAGCAGAGCUCCUCCACAUCUUUCACCAUCUCUACGUCGGGCUCGGCCACCACCACCAUCCACAACAGAACCUCAGUCCCUGCCACCAGCUUACCCACCAGCCCUGUGUCAGGCUCAGCCACCACUACCGUCCACAGUGGCACUCCAACCCUGGCCACCAGCUCAGCCACCAGCUCUGUGUCGGGCUCGGCCACCACCACCAUCCACAGCAGAACCUCAGUCUCCACCACCAGCUUAUCCACCAGCUCUGCGUCAGCCACCACCAACAUCCACAGUGGCACUCCAACCCUGGCAACCACCCCAACCACAAGGGCUGAAUCAGGCUCUGCCACCACCUCCGUCCACAGUGGCACCUCGUCCCCAGCCACCAACUCUGGAUUAGGCUCUGCCAUCACCUCUCUCCCUGAAGGCACCUCGACUCCAGUCAGCUCAGCCACUAGCCCUGUCCACAGUGGCACCUUGGCCACCAACUCUGUCUACAACGGCACCUCAGCCCCAGCCACCAGCCCUGAAUCAGGCUCAGCUACCACCCCCAAUCACAGCAGCAUCUCGGCCCUGGCUACCAGCCCCGUGUCGGGCUCGGCCACCGCAUCUGCCCACAGCGGCACCUCGGCCCCAGCUACCAGACCCUCAUCGGGCUUGGCCACCACAUCUUUCCACAGUGGAACCUCGGCUCCGGCCACCAGCCCCGUGUCGGGCUCGGCCACCACAUCUUUCCACAGCAGCACCUUGGCCCUGGCUACCAGCCCCUUGUCGGACUCGGCCACCACAUCUUUCCACAGUGGCACCUUGGCCCCGGCUACCAGCCCCAUGUCGGGCUCAGCUACCACAUCUACCCACAGCGGCUCCUCAGCCCCGGCCACCAGCCCCGUGUCAGGCUUGGCCACCACCCCUGCCCACAGUGGCACCUCAGCCCCAGCCACCAGCCCCGUGUCAGGCUCGGCCACCACCCCUGCCCACAGUGGCACCUCGGUCCCGGCCACCAGCCCUGUGUCGGGCUCGGCCACCACACCUGCCCACAGCAGCACCUUGGGCUCAGCUACCACAUCUACCCACAGCAGCACCUUGGCCCCGGCCACCAGCCCCGUGUCGGGCUCGGCCACCACCCCUGCCCACAGCGGCACCUCGGCCCCGGCCACCAGCCCCGUGUCGGGCUCGGCCACCACCCCUGCCCACAGUGGCACCUCAGCCCCAGCCACCAGCCCCGUGUCGGGCUCGGCCACCACCCCUGCCCACAGCAGCACCUCGGCCCCGGCCACCAGUCCCAUGUUGGGCUCAGACACCACCCCCAUUCAUAGCAGCACCUUGGCCACAGCCACUACUGUGACAGUUGGCACAACAAGCACUCCCAGCCAGCACCCUGAUGCCCCCACCAGCCUUCCCAGCCACAGCACAGAGCCUCCCCUCACAGCAUCCAAUCACAGCACCGCCCCACCAAUGUAUGACAGCCUUGCUUUCUUCUUCCUGUCUUUUUACAUUUCCAAUCUCCAGUUCAAUUCUUCCUUGCAAGAUCCCAACAGCAACUAUUAUCAAGAACUGCAGCACAACGUCUCCACACUGAUCCUGGAUAUUUAUACCCAGAAGGAAUUCGUGGGCCUCUCUGGUAUUAGGUUCAGCCCAGGCUCUGUGGUGGUGGAUGCAAUUCUGGCCUUCCGAGGGAACAGCACCAAUGAGGUCACAGUGCACUCGCAGUUUCUACGUAACUUAGACAAAGCAGCCAGAUACAACCUAGACAUCUCACGAAUCACAGUGGACAAUUCACUGUCUCCUUCAGCCCAGUCUGGGGUGCCAGGCUGGGGCAUCGCCCUGCUUGUGCUGGUCUGUGUUCUGGUUGCGCUGGCCAUCAUCUAUUGCUUGACCCUGGCUGUGUGUCAGUGCCGACGCAAGAACUGUGGGCAGUUGGACCUCUUCUCAACUCGGGACACCUACCAUCCCAUGAGCGAGUACCCCACCUACCAGACCCACGGCCGCUAUGUGCCCCCUGGCAGUACCAAGCGCAGCCCUUAUGAGGAGAUUUCUGCAGGUAAUGGCGGUGGCAGCCUUGCUUACACCAAUCCAGCCGUGGCAGCCACCUCUGCCAACUUGUAGGGACAAGUCGCCCGCUGAGGGCCAGCCGGUGCCAAAGUUCCUCAUUCACUGCUGGAGCCCCUUUCCUUUGUCCUGGGCUGGCAGCCCAUGAAGGUAGCCUGGUACCACCUGUCCCUGCCCUUCUGGAUAGGCCUGGGGGCAGGGAUGGGGUGACGUACAGGUGGACCAGCCUGGCCUGGGAAAGGCCCCCAUACCAAUGGGAAAGAACGUGGUUGAAUAAAACGGGCCUCCUGCUGU